AUGCCUCGCAAGAACCAUCAAGAUGCAAUCCUGCCCAUUCGUCGUGAAGCUAUGAUCUAUGAAAUCGUUGGGCGCCAUCCGCGUAUUGCCAAAUGCCUGUCUCGAGGUCAAGAUGUUCAAUAUGUUGAUAUUGAAUACUACCCACAUGGGGAUCUUACUACCUACUGUCAGAAAAAUGGCAUCACCCCUGUACUUCGCUCAAAGUGGUUCGGCCAGAUUAUCAACGCAAUUAUUGUGAUCCACUCAUUUGGUGUGAUUCAUUCGGACCUAGCUUUGCGCCAAUUUUUUGUCGACAAUGAUUUUGAUUUACACCUAGGUGACUUUAACUCUUCUCAAUGUCCUGGUCAUCCAGCACUUGGAUACGAAAAGGCGUCACAUUGUUUACCCCGUGACUACAACCUUCCAAACACAGAAGCUUCUGACAUUUUUGCUUUGGGUUCUACACUAUAUGAGCUAGUGACUGGUGCCGCUCCCUUCAGCGAAUUGAAUCUAGCCGAAUCCAACGAUCCCGAAGCUAUCAAGGCUCAGAUUCGGCGUCAACAUGCUGUCAUUGAUCAUGUGAUUGAAGAGCGGUACAAGGCACAGCAAUUUCCCGAUGUUACUGGUAUUUGGCAUGGUGAUAUUAUACUAGGCUGCUGGAAAGGGCAAUUUGCUACCGCAAAAGAAGUCCUCGGCGUAUUCCAAAGUUAUGAAUCCUUUCAUUAUUGA